AAGUGAUGUUUUAAAAUGGUUGGGGAUCUUGGAGUCUGGGGUGAAGGGGCCUGGAAUGCCACAGCCAUAAUGGAGCCCCAGAACAGCCAUCACCAGCACAACCUAGACAACCAGAAAAAGAACCUCUACAAGAUGCCUGGACAAGAUGAUCAGAGAAACAUGCCCAGCUUUCAAUUUUGCUGCACGCUGUCAAACUUCCGCAUUGAGAAAAAGAUUGGCCGGGGCCAGUUCAGCGAGGUGUACAAAGCCACAUACCUGCUGGAGGACCAACAGGUUGCUCUGAAGAAAGUCCAGAUAUUUGAGAUGAUGGAUGCCAAAGCUCGCCAGGACUGUGUCAAAGAGAUUGAUCUGCUCAAGCAAUUGAACCACCCCAAUGUGAUCAAGUACCUGGACUCAUUCAUCGAGGAAAAUGAGCUCAACAUCGUCCUGGAGCUGGCGGAUGCAGGCGAUCUCUCUCAGAUGAUAAAGUACUUUAAGAAGAAGAGGCGGCUCAUCCCGGAGAGGACAAUCUGGAAAUACUUCGUCCAGCUGUGUAGCGCCCUUGAGCACAUGCACUCCCGUAGAGUCAUGCACCGCGACAUCAAGCCAGCCAACGUGUUCAUCACUGCUACAGGAGAGGUGAAGCUGGGAGAUCUGGGACUGGGUCGCUUCUUCAGCUCCAAGACCACUGCUGCCCACUCUCUAGUGGGGACACCGUACUACAUGUCUCCAGAGAGGAUCCACGAAGGCGGCUACAACUUCAAGUCAGACAUCUGGUCUCUGGGAUGUCUUCUCUAUGAGAUGGCUGCAUUGCAGAGUCCAUUCUAUGGGGACAAGAUGAAUCUGCUGUCUCUGUGCCAGAAGAUUGAGCAGUGCGACUACCCUCCACUACCACCUGACCAUUACUCUGAGAAGUUGCGAGACCUGGUCAGCAUGUGUAUCAACCCCGACCCGGACCAGCGCCCCGACAUCGUGUUUGUCCUGCAGAUCGCCAAACAGAUGCAUCUGUGGACCUCCAGCACUUGAGCCCCCCCCCCCCCCCAACCCCCCCCACUCCCAGAACCACUCACUAACCGCCUCAGUCCUCCAAACGGACCCCCAUCCCGAUGACUGAAACUCGGAUCCACUGCGGGCCUGCCUGGCUUGGUGUCACUGGGACCUGUUUGGCUAGCGUCUCAGAAAUCAAGAAACUGAAAAGAGAGCGGAGCAACUUUGGCAUGCCUGGACUGAGCUGUUUUGUCUCUUUUUUUCUCCUUACCUUCAAAAGAGGCCCCAAGCGCUUGCUCUGUCCCCGGUGGCCUGGGAAGACACCUUGACGGCGGUCAUUUGGACAUUGUCUGUUUAGACUGUGUUGCAGUGAUUCUGGCAAAGGAAGGCGACAGCGUUUUGCCUGGCCUCACAGAGGGGUUCUCGCAUCAGAUGGCUUUUUUUUUUUUUUUUUUCACCGGGUAGGGGUUGCAUUCCAAACCGAUCCCCUGUCCGGUUCAGGUAAACCGUGCGGACUCACUAUGCAUUUUCCUGUAAAACCAAUGACUUAGAAACCUCUUCCCGUGCCUUUUUAGUACACUUAACCUUGUGUUUAGAAAUCGCUUUUUUUUUUUAUGCUUUAAAUACCUCAGAUGUGUACUUUGCAUAUCAUUGUGUAAUGUCAUUUGUGAUCCUAAGGUGGGAUUUUGUUCAGCAGACCGUUUUGAAAUGUACCAUCUACAUGCAAAGCAUAUUGGUGUCAACAUUAGGUUCUCCCGGGUCACGCACUCUGAGAUAUUACGAGUUGACGCUAUACCGCGGUGGUGUGGGUUUGAGGUAGACAUCUGGACUUGAUGCGAUGUCUCCCUUUUUUAAGGACCUCAAAUGGCAUAACAUGCCACAAUUUUCCAUUGCUAAUUAGCCAUAUAUACAAUAUAGAACGUUGCCAGGGCUUAUGGCCAUGGCUUUGUAACAUUUUUGAUCAGAUAUUUUCCAUUAUGGUUUAUUUGUUAUUCGCAGAAAACUGCCAGGGGGAUGUUUCUUAUUGUUAAUUUUUAUGCAGUUGCUUGACGCAAUGCCAUACUGUAAUUGCGUUUAUAGAUCAUAAAAGAAAAUGCACAGUUGACUGUCUUCAUUCAGAGAAGGGUUUGAUUUUAUACAUGUAAAGAGAUUUAUUUACUGUGAAAUGAUUUACAUCAUGUAGUAACAGCCAGACCAUUGCAGUAGGGCUUAAAACAUUUAGAAAAUAUUAUGAAGCGAAUUUGAGCUGGUACUACGUAGUACCACUGCAGAAAGCCUGUAUGAAGAGCAUAAUAGUUAUAGUGUCAAGUUAUGUUUUUGUCUUGCCAGCAGAACGCAUAAAUACACAGCUAGAUAAGCGAUUAGGUGAACGUUUACUAGUUUUAGGAGACUGCAAGAAAUCUCCAUACUAAUAUUUCAGCAACUCUACCAUAGGUGCUUUAAAAAUAUUUAGAGCUUUUAACUACUGUAUCCAUUGUAAUGAUUUUACAUUCAGAAUUGUGUGUAGGCUAUUUUGUAAUUGUACUUUCCUGGGAUUUGACAGGAACUUUGGUGGAAACAUUUUCCUUUUGCAUUUUGUAGUAGAAACGUUUUACCAAAUUAAAGUGGAAAAUAUUGA